CAUACUCACUGUACUCACUAGUCCCUACCACAAAUCUCUAUCAGAACCCCGUCUGACCACUUCUUCACUUCUUCACUCGCCUCUGAUAUCAUCCUUGACUAUGGCGGAAGUGGACGUUCAAUUUCUAGAACCACGCGUCCGAGCGAUUCUUUCGGCACCUGGCACCGAUUUACAGACCAUCAGCGCCAAACGCGUCCGCAAGCAACUUACAGACGAUGAUGGUGUCACUGCCGAGUUUCUACGCGAGAAUAAGGGACCAAUAGACGAUCUCAUCGCGCAGGUCUUCUCCAAGAUCUCAGAGGAAUCCGGCCUUCACCAAGAUGAAGGGGAAGGACAGGAUGAAGAUGAGGCUGACGAGGGAAGUAAAAGAAAAAGGAGCGAGGAGGAAGAGGACGGGGAUGCAGGGUAUGAGGAGGGAGAGGAUGGCGAAGAAGAGGUAGACGACGAACAGGAGGUGGCAGAACGACCAAAGAAGAAGGCGAAGAGGACCGCGAAGACUGAGCUCAGUGACGCGGAGUACGCGAGACAACUCUCGAAUGAGUUGAAUGGGCGGUCGAGGAGCGCGAGGUCUGGUUCGUCGACGCGUGGGCGAGGCCGAGGGGCCAAAGCGAACGGCGGCGCGAAACGCGGGCGGAAAGUAAAGAGUGCAGAGACAGUUGAUUCCGGGAACGAGGAAGAAGAUGCUCCCAAAAAGAAACGAGGCGGCGGAGGGUUCAAGAAGGAAUACGUUCUGAGUGAGGCUCUCGCUGCCGUCGUAAAUGCGGAGAAGAUGUCACGACCACAGGUUGUUAAGAACCUGUGGGAUUACAUCAAAGGCCACAGCCUGCAAAAUCCCAGCGACAAGCGUGAAAUCGUGUGUGACGAUCGCCUUCGAGCUAUGUUCGGCGUUGACAAGAUUGGGAUGUUCAAAAUGAGCAAAGUCCUUGGACAACAUCUCCAUGAACCUGAGGCAUGACGAACAUAGUAUGCUCCAGCUUGCUAUUUCAAUCGAUGAGCGCAAUCACGGCCCAUCUUCAUCGCUCAUUCUGGUCCUGCAUCGCACUUCGUUCUUUCCUAAUGCUCUGUUCAAAGCAUCUCCGCACCAGUUCACAACAGGCAUAUCAACGCGCCGGUUCGAUGGCCACAUCAUAAGAAUUGUAAAUUGUAAAUACAGACUCCACGAGCGUGUAGAUACGCUUUUAAUAUCAUGUAAAGUAUCGUUUUUAUGCAUCUGUU